UCUGUUCACAAAAAUUCAAAAUGGUCACACUUUUUUUCACUUGAAAGACUCAAUAAAACCAAAACUAAGGUGAAGUCAUCUAUAUUCUUUCAUCAGAAUUGACUUUGUCUGUUCAUCACUUUUAUUUUCUCUCAUUCAUGGAUUUUCAACGUGAUGGAAGUCUUGGAUCAAAUUCUGGUCAAGAGAAUGGAAAAAAAUUGGUUUGUCGACAUUCUUUUGAACGAGUAAUCGAGAAACUAGAAGAGGUGUUUAGUCAAAUGCCAAAAUCGAAAAAUCACGUGAUAGAGCAAUUAAGUGAGAAGAUAGGGCUGGAUGCUACACAAGUCAAGAUUUCGUUUGAUAACAAAAGACGCUCUAUAGAGGCCCAAAGAGAUAUUGAAGAACGGGAGAUUAUUCAUUUGAAAAACAAAAGAUUGUAUGCAGAGAACUUGCAAAUGUGUUUCGAGUUAAAGAAACGAUUUUGUGCUACUUGCAAUAAUCCUGAGCAACAACGAACAAUCCUACAAGACUUGCAAAAUGAAAAUGCUAUAUUAAGAGAAGAGAUUACGAUGAUAUCCAAUGUGAUUGACCGUUUUAAAGAAGACCCUGAAGGGUACUUGUUCUUACUCCGACAAGAUUAUCUGAAUAACUACAAUGAUCCAAAUGGCCUAGAUUUGGAGCUCCGGUUGGAAUGUUACAAUGAUCCAAAUGGCCCAGAUUUGGAGCUCAGAUUGGGAUGAAAGGGUUAAGUGGUAUUCAACUAGUUUUUUUAGUAUUCUCUUCAAGUAUUAUCUAGCAACUGUUUUGUAGAACUUGGGUUUCAAUUAUCAUUUUCUUCUUGUAUUUA